UUAUUCAACUUCCUUCCACUAUGGUGGAGGUUCCUUUUCCGAGCAGUGAAAGGCCGGGCUCGAUAAUCCGGCUUAAGCUGUCAGUGGCCCUUAUAAACCAACAACAACAACAACAACAACAACAGGUACCAAGAGGACGGGACCUGUGACUGUGUGUAGGUACCAAGAGGACAGAACCUGUGACUGUGUGUUGGUACCAAGAGGACAGAACCUGUGACUCUGACAUACCUACCAUAAGAUAAGGAAGAACAAGAGUCAAGAACACGCUGCACCUACCAAAAUGACCAUGAAACUUGCUCGUGGGUUUUGCGAUUUAAAUAUUUCUGCUAUGGACACAGAUCUCAAGAAAACUGUGUUGAAGGCAUUAAGUAUUGGCUACCAGACUAUCGCAAUCAACAGAGAAGUGACGGAUAAUUCGACGCCGGAUAAAAAACGGAAGAAAGGAAACUUUCCGAUGGUUCCUCCGCCACCCAAGUUCAAGCUAUCAGAGGAGGAUCUGCGUGAGCACAGCAUCACCAGGGAGCCGGUCAUACUGACUCGCAUCACCGUCACAUACUCGGACCCGGGAUCCGCAUUUCUUUCAAAGUUUCGUGAAGUCAUUAAGCAGUAUGAUAUUAUAGCCUUCACUCCCACCACUGAAGGAGCCCUCAAACAAACUGUUUCCCAAACACUUGUUGAUGUUGACAUUAUUUCUCUGAAUAUUGAUGAAGGUGGCACUCGCUUCGCCCGCAAGUUACUGUGCUUGGCCGUUGAACGUGAUAUAUAUUUUGAACUGAGUUAUGGGCCAUGCAUCAGGAGCUCUUGCAGUCGGCAACAGACCAUCACUCUAUCCCACAUCCUGCAUCAGUGUUCAAGAUCGGCCAACAUCAUCGUGACGAGUCGAGCCAGGACUCCCAGAGAUCUCAGGCACCCGUAUGACGUCAUGAAUCUCGGAAGAUUCUUUGGACUGACUGAAGCUGCUGCUAGAGGGGCCAUUGCCUCCCAAGCUCAUAAUGUAGUGUAUUGUGCUGCUGCUCGUCGCAAGGGGGCAGCAAAAUGUGUUGCUCAGGUUACUUUAUUGGAGACAUCAAACUCAAGGGUCAAAUACGAAGGAUUAGACAAUGCCAGAAAAUAUUUGAAAACAGAUGUUGAAGUAAUAGAUUCAACAGAUUAAUAUUUUUGUGCUCCAACAUUAUACGUAUUCUUUUCACUGCAAAUGCCUUGAAGCCAGUGAGAUGCUCUUUGCCUAAGGAAGUGGACUUGUCCUUCCCUUUCUGGCAUCAAACCUGAUUGCCUCCCAUUUCCCAGGAGUAUGUAGCCCCUAUGGGUUUAUCAUUUCCACCAGGAAUAGUAUUUAGUGGGGGCAGAAAUAAAAAUCAUAGGGGACAUACUACAGCACCUUGGGAAUGAGAAACAAUUGGGUUUGACAAUAUUAUUAUUAUAAUUAAAGCUAAACGCUUGACCCACAAGGGUCAUACAGUACUGUCGGUUUUAAUAGAAGGGAAGGUAAAGUUCAAUUCCUUGGAUCGAGAGCCCUUCACCAUUAUGAAGGAACCUUCUUUGAGGGAAAGGCACACUUAGAAGGAAGUUUUGCCUUGAACCCGUAAACGGUCCAAGCAGAUCUACGUUUACAUGUGUUACGCUACAAAAGUAGAUAUAAGUUUUUUUUUUUUUACAUUUUCAAAUACUGUAUAACAAAAAAAAAAAGUAGAUCAAAGUUUUUUACACAUUUUCAAAUGUAGAUAAACUUUUUUGUUUUUCUACAUUUGAAAAUGUGUAAAAAAACUUUGAUCUACUUUUUUUACAUACUUUCAAAUGUUGAAAAAACGUACAUAUACGUUUGGACCGUUUACGGGUUAAACGGCACAAGUGAGAUUGUAUAAAUCUCAAUAUUAUUGAUGGUAAACAAUUGUUGAAUUGAUGAGUUAGAUGUGAAACACUUUAGAUUAUUAUAAUAAUAAUCAAAAAGAAGUGCUGGAAACACUUUAGAAUCUGUCAAAAUGUUCUGCUUGCACCAUAGGCUGUUUCAAUUGAUUACAGGUGAAAACCCUGGAAACAGUAAAGGUAAUUACGAAGUGGUCAGUCCCUCGGCCUACAGCAGAAGCAUGUGAGCUAAUAUAUUAGGUCUGACCCUUCUAGGAAGGUUCCUUGACACUGGUGAAGGGCUCUUGAUCUAGAGAAUUGGAUCUUUGCUCCAGUUCCCUGAAUUGGGUCUGAAUACCUUCCAUCCCCCCACAGGCCCUGUAUAAUCCUAUGGGUUUAGCACUUCCCCAUGAUUAUAAUAAUAAUGUCUGACCACAUGCCUCUGCUUUAGGCUGAAGGACUGAUAACCUCAUAAUUCUUUCUACUGUUUUCACCUGUAUUUGACUGAAGAAAUACCUAUUGGCAAUUACAAUAUCAAAACUAAGCACUAAUCCCACAAGGGUCAUACAGUGCUGUGACAAUAAAUGUUGCUCGUUUUAGUCCUCGGAUCAACGUCUUCAAUCUUAAACCCAAAUGGAUUAUGUUACUAUGCAAAUACAAAUAUAUAUAAUGUU